GAGAGGUAUUACACGUACAGUUGCUAUUGAUGUUGGUAAUUGUAUGCCUCUCAAGAUGAUUCCAGUAGGUACCAUUAUUCAUAAUGUGGGGUUAAAACGAAAUGGACCUGGUAUCAUGGCGAGAGCAGCUGGUACAUAUGCUCAAUUAAUUCAAACCGGUGAAACAGGAUAUGCCCAGGUACGUUUAUCAAGCGGUGAAGUUCGUUUAGUACCUGUUGAUGCCUGCGCUACUAUUGGAGCAGUUAGUAAUCCUGAUCAUCAGCAUGAAAUGAUGGGUAAAGCAGGUCGAUUAAGAUGGUUGGGUAUUCGACCUACAGUACGUGGUGUAGCCAUGAAUGCAACAGAUCAUCCUCAUGGUGGUGGUAGAGGUAAAUCAAAGGGUAAUAAACAUCCACAAUCCCCCUGGGGUGUAUUAGCAAAGGGUGGCAAGACAAGGAAAUCACCCAAUCCUUUUGUAGUUAAACCUAGACCUAGACGAUAAAAAAAAAAAUCCUAUCUAAUAUAAAAUAUAUUAUUAUUAUUGUUGUCAUAUAUCUUUAUUCUUUUUCUUUCAUUUUUUUUUUUUUUAAAUAUUUAGAUAUAAAUACAUCUAUCUAUAUCUAUAUACAUUUAUAAAUUUUAAUAAUAAAAUAAAAAUGUCAAGCCAAGAAGAAGAAGAAGAAGAAAAGUCAAUGAUACUUGAUUCUUUUGAUGGAUGUUAUUUAUUUGAAGAAGAAGCUGCUGCUGAUGAUGAUGAUGAUGAAGACAUAAUCAUAGAUACAUCACCC